AGUCGUUCCAAAUUCAUGAUGAACAAGGUGAGGACAAUGGAUUCGAAAGUAGAGCUUUCGCCCACGGCGGCGUUGCAAAAGCUCAACCGGUCAGAACAGCUCAAGAUCCUUGCUUUAGCGGAGACUUUGUCACCCAAAGAGUUGCCAAAGCCAGACCAAAAGCGCAACUCUGCAGUGUCCGAUGAUAGUGAGCAGAAUGCAGACACGCAUCCUUCGGCACUAGAAGCGGAUUUGGUGCACUAUAAGGAACUCUUCAGCAAGCUGCGCUUCAGUUAUGUCGAACAGGUCACGAAGGAGAAGUUUCUCCGCAGUGUCACAGACAAUCCGCCUCACUUUGUUGAAGCUGCCGAAAAUGAAACGAAGGAAAAGGAAAUUCUUGCUCUGAAAGCCAGCUUGAAGGAGAGGAAACGCGAAAUUGCUGAGCUGCUGAAACAAUUGGAAGAGAAUGGGAGAGCUCUUGCACAGCGCUAUGAAGGUAUACAGCUACGCACAACGCAGCUUGAAACGCUACCGAGCGAGAUAGAGAACCUGGAGGCUGCAAUCGAGAAGCUGAAGCAGGAUCAGACCCCUUCGCCUGAUAACCCUGAAUUGGCGCUGCCGCUUGCCGAGACGACACAAUUGCUACAGGCGCGAGAGGCGGAAGUCGCGGCAUUGGAUGCGCAGAUUGCGAAGCUUCAAUCGGCGCUACCGAACAGAUCGCGUGAGCUCGAGAAAUUGGAACGCGAACUGAAGCCUCUGGAGACGCAAAAGCAGGGGACGGUGGCAGCUGCAAAGGAAGCCAGACGCCGUCGGGACGAGGGCGGAGGUAUUGGCGACAAACUCGAAGAGCGCGGAAGGUGGUUGAGAGCAUCUGAGCAAGCAUUAAAGGAGAUGCUAGAGGUGGAGGAUUGAAUUUGUCUAUAUUCCAUACCUACGUCUGUUAUGGCGUUCUGGGGAAAGGUUCGGAUUAUGAUACCACGGUUUCCAAGGGUUUGGUUGUACACAGUAGCAAAGAGUGAGUUUCCUGGCUCC